AUGGGUUCCACAAUCCAUCAUGAGGAGAAAGUUGGUGUGGCGGGUAAAAUUGAUUCAGACGAAGCACGAAUGCAACAAGUUGAGAGUAUUGAUGAAAAGUCUCCCAUCGAUACUGUAUCUCCACCUGCGCUUCCUGCGAAGGUGUUUGAAGCUCCCGAAUUCAUUCGAAAUAUGACUGCUGAGGAAAGAGUCGAGGUAGAGACUCGACUAAAGAGAAAGCUGGAUAUUAGGUUGAUGCCUAUGAUAGUGUUGAUGUACAUCAUGAACUACUUGGACAGGGUAAGAUAUCUAAGCUGUAAAUAGUACACACAAUUCUAAUCGAGGUUAAAAGAACAACAUCGCAGCUGCCAAAUUAGCUGGCGUCGAGACCGACUUGAAAUUAUCCGAUACGGAGUUUCAAACCAGUGUCUCCAUUUUAUUUGUUGGUAUGAGAAUUAGAUGGUGUUACGUUGGUGGAGAGGAGAUGCUAAAAUAGCGCAGGUUACCUCUUAAUGCAAGUACCAUCCAACCUAUUCCUAAACAAAAUAGGAAAACCAGCCAUAUAUCUCCCAUCAUGUAUGGUAGUAUGGGGAGUCAUCUCAGCGGCGACAGCAGCAUGUCAAAACUAUGGCGGACUCAUCGCAUGUCGUUUCAUGCUAGGUUUCGUAGAGGCCGCUUAUUUCGUAAGUAAACUCCAAAGCCGACCCCAUAAACAAGCAGGUUCUAACUCAUAUUUCUUUUCAACGUAGCCCGGCUGUCUAUACUAUCUCUCCUGCUGGUACACCAGAAAAGAACUCGGUUUCCGCACGGCAGUCUUCUACUCCGGGGCCUUAAUAAGUGGUGCCUUCUCGGGACUCAUCGCAGCAGGAAUCAAAUCCGGUAUGGACGGCGCCCACGGCCUUCGCGCAUGGAGAUGGCUCUUCAUCAUCGAAGGAGCCAUCACCGUAGGCAUCGCGGCCGCCGCAUUCUUCAUCCUACCCAACUUCCCCAACACCACAACAUGGUUAACGGACGAAGAGCGAAAACUCGCGGUCUGGAGACUGGAAGAGGAUAUCGGACAGGAAGACUGGGUGGAUUCGAAGAAGCAGUCGUUCAAGGAGGGGUUGAAACUUGCGUUUUCGGAUGUCAAGACGUAUGUUUUGAUGGUGCUACUUUUUGGCAUUGUGGCUUCGGGGACGGUGACGAAUUUCUUUCCGUAUGUAUCAGUACCCGUGCCGAUUUUUGCUUUCCAUCUUGUUAGGGGGAAAAAAGAAGAUACUAAUGAGAAGAUAGCACCGUGGUGAAAAGUCUCAAGUACAACGAUGUCAACACGCUCCUUCUAACCGUUCCCCCCUACGUCCUAGCAGUAAUAACCACCUUCCUAAACUCCUGGCACGCCGGUACUUAUCCCCUUCUUUUUCCCUCUCUUUUUCCCUCUCUUUUUCCCACUCACUCUCCCUCCCAUUCCCUUCCCCCUCCCCACAACCCCUAACUAACACCCCCAAGACCGAACAGGCGAACGCUUCUUCCACAUCACCCUCCCCCUCUUCUUCGCAAUCUUCGCCUACAUCGUCGCAGCCGCAACCAUCAAAACCGGACCACGGUACUUCGCCAUGAUGCUCAUGGUUCCAGGCGUGUACACAGGCUACGUCGUCGCGCUAGCGUGGAUCAGUAACUCGCUUCCUCGCCCGCCGGCGAAGCGAGCAGCGGCUCUGGCGUUUAUCAAUGCGAUUAGUAAUACGAGUAGUAUUUAUGCGAGUUAUAUGUAUAGUGAGAGUGCUAGUAUGUCUCUUCCCUUUUCUUUUCUCCCAUCCCAACCUGACCCACGAACUCCUCCCAAUCCUCAUAACGAAAAAUCGAGACUAAAAAUGCCAAAGAACCAAGGUACAUCGUCGCCAUGAGCGUCAACUGCGCCAUGGUCGUCAUGGCUAUGUUGGCUGCUCUCACCCUGCGCAUCAUUCUCGUGCAUCUGAAUCGGAAGUUGGAUCAAGGGGUUUUUGUGGAAGGGGCGAUCAACUCGGGGGUUGUGGAAGGUGAGAGGAGGGGGUUUAGGUUUAGGUUUAGGAUUUAGGAUUUAGGAUUUAGCGGAGAGGUGUUGGUUUUGUAGAUAGUGUGGAUUUUAUUAGGGGUGUUAGGUGAGAGGGC